AUGGGAACGAUGUAUCCGGUUGUGUGCAAGAUCGCCAAGAAGAUCACCUUCAACCAAGCUAGAGGCGCACUAGGCUUGACAGAGAGCGCCAACAUCGGCAAGUGCUUCUACACCGCUGUCCAGGCUGCGCCGUCCUUUCCAGAAGCCUUCCCACACAUCUUUGGCGGUAGGAAGGACGUUCGCUGCUUAAUUCCGCAGGCGAUCGAUCAAGAUCCGUUUUUCAGGGUAACGCGGGAUAUCGCACCAAGGCUCAACUUGCAGAAACCGGCUCUUAUCCACUCGAAGUUCUUUCCAGCACUGCAAGGGCAUACGACGAAGAUGAGCUCGUCGGCAGACACACCAGCGACGAUUUUUGUCACGGAUACUGAUAAUUAUGACGAUCAUGAUCAUCUUCUUAAUACUUGAAAGUGUGAAUUUAUGUAAUUACAUACUGUCUGAUUCUGGGUCUGAAAUAUCGAAGGAGUGUGCAUCUGGUGAAAUGUUCUUACUAGUGGUGAUAAUAUCGUACAGAUACUACAACAACUACUACUUUUGCUCUCCUGUCUGUGCUUACUUAUAUAUAGUUACUUCUAUAAUUAUAAUUUUCCCCCCAUAAAAACUCUCCACCACUCCUACACACUUUCAUCCUCCACAAGUCGAUACCAAGGUGAAGAAAUACGCUUUGUCCGGCGGUGGCAUGACUCUAGAGGAGCACCGCGAAAAGGGUGCCAACCUCGAGGUCGAUGUGCCCUAUGAAUACUUGCGCUAUGUGCUAGAGGACGAUGAGGAAUUUGCACGGAUCGGAACUGAAUAUGGCGCUGGACGAAUGACUACAGGAGAGGUGAAGCAAAUUCUGAUCAAGGAACUGCAAACUAUCUGCCAUGAACACCAAGAACGCCGAAAAUUGGUCACGGAUGAGGUGGUAAGGCAGUUCAUGGACCCGACUAGGGAGACGUUGAGAUACUUCUAGGUCAGUCUUGUUGGAGCAGUCAAUUGAUGAAAGACCAGCUUUUAUUGUGGAGCCUUUUCUGAGCGUUGACAUUGUCACAAAGAAUGACUCACACGACGAUGUGUGAGACUUCGAGAUGCACCUAGCUUCCCCCAUAGCAGGUGUCGUGGAUGCAAAAUGCCAAACGAUCAACAAAGGGCUAUGAUGCUUGUGUAGAAAAAUCGAGUCAGACUCUGUGUCUAGAUCACCAUCAACUUCAUCAAAAAACCUAUCAAGUUAGGUUGUAGUUGAUUCCCAAGAAAGUUGGCCCACUCACUUGACGCAACCUCUUAACCUUAAGGCAAUUUGUAUUCGGAUUUACAACGAGGAACAGCCUUCCUUCUUGUAUCAGGAAGUCUUGCAUUGUUCAAAG